AUGUCUCGCUCGUUUUUAAUGGAUUCUUUACUCAGCGACAAUAUGCCUCUAAGCAAAAAGGAUACUAUGGCUGGUUCACCUACAGCUGGACCCUCCAUGGCUGCCACCACAGCGGCUCAUGCCGCCGCAGCAGCUGCGGCUGCUGCCAUGUUACCCAAUAUACCCAUGCUGCCUUAUCCAGCCAGUUAUGUGGGCAGCUAUUUGUUUUCCUUGGGCAUACAACAACAACAGCAGCAGCAACAACAAGCGGCAGCAGUAGCCGCAGCCGCUGCUCUCCAGCAACAGGCCUAUCAUCAUCCCUACGCUUCGUUCAUUUCGCAAAAGCGCAAAUUAUCGGCCACAUUUGACAACUACUCUGCUCAACAACAUCAGGCGGUAUCUCCCCGCAUGGCACCAGCCACCAUUUCUUAUGGCUCCAUCUUGCCUUUGGGUGACAAUGGCUACUGCACUUCACCAUCAGCUUCCUCCUCCACCUCAACCAUGGAUUAUCCUUGCGUGGAAGAACAACAAAACAAACGUUACAAACAUGAUUCAUCCUGUUCUCCCUCCUCAUCGCCUUUGAAAAAUACUCUGCCUUCAUCUACCUCUUCGCAUGCAAACCCAACUAACACCAACAACUCCCAUUUGGAUUUGACUCCCGUUGUCUCGGAUUAUGCCGAUUCCAGCAAACGCAUACGCACUGCCUUCUCCAGCACUCAAUUGCUUGAACUCGAGCGUGAAUUCUCCAUGAAUGCUUAUCUCUCUCGUCUAAGACGCAUUGAAAUCGCCAAUCGUUUGCGCCUAUCCGAGAAACAAGUCAAGAUUUGGUUCCAAAACAGACGUGUCAAGCAAAAGAAGGGCUCCGACUCACCCACCUUCAAUGGCUCCAGCAAUAGUCCUUCUCAAUCUCCCUCUCAUGAAGACAACUCGCCUGUGAAAUACACCGACGGCGCUUUUGUGAAACAAGAACAUUAA